AUUAUAAGGGAAAAGAGACAUAAAGCAUUUGUGUUCCUGAGGAAGAAGCCAAGUACUGUGGCGGCCAGCGCCGUGUCCCGAGAGACUCGCCAGUCGAGUCCGACUGGGUGCUUGCCUUGCACUUUCUUUAUUUAUUAAAAUAUUUUAAAAAAGCAAGGCAUCGCAAAAAAAGUUUUUUAAAAUCGAGUGUUCAUUGACGCUCCUUGUGGCUCUCGUCGCGCAUGGUGCGUUGCAAAUCGACCCUUCCUCAAAGUUUUCCCUGGCUCGCUGCUCUCACUACUAGUCAGUCAGUUGGUCGUUGUCGAGCAUCGCGAUCGUAUAUAUACCUCUCACAAGUCAUUAUUUCGAAGCUCGCUAUGAAUAAAAGAUGGAGUGUCCACAUCUUGCUCAAAGCGUCUGCAUCACCGUUGACGAUGUCGAAGCGACCUACUCGAAGGAUUUGCCGUUUGCCUGCGCAGUUUGCGAAACGGAGAAGAGUACUUGGCUGUGUCUGCACUGCGGAGCGAUCCACUGCGGACGUUACGAGGCGGGGCACGCGCUACAGCAUCACGAAAAAAAUACUCAGCACAGCGUGUGCAUUGACUGUGAAAACCUGGCUGUAUUCUGUUACAUCUGUGACGAGUACGUGGUGAAUGGCAUCAACAACGGCGUCAUCGAGGCGAUACAACGUAAUGCCUUCCGGAAGAGCGAGCUCAAGGAGAAUGACGAGAGUUGGAGUACCUCAACACCAUCCCCACAUGGACCUGAGAAUGGUGAUUCAUCGGCUGCCGAUGCCCUCUGGAAGGCUGAAGUUGUCGUUCGAAAUCUCAGGCCAAGAACAAGAAAGAGGCUACAUUCAUUGGAUGGGACAAGUGGUGAUAAUAGGCCCACGACGAAACGACGAAAUUCGAAAAAUGCCAAAGAGAAGAAGGUCGUGGGCCUGAGAAAUUUGGGUAACACCUGCUUCAUGAAUGUCGUGUUACAGUCGUUUAACAAUAUUAGCCAUUUCUGCGAGUAUUUAACGCAGAUGCCGAGUUUAGAGGGUAUCGCGUUUGAUGAGCCGCCAACGCACAGGGGACGAAUUGUUGCACCGGGUCGAGCUAAAGAAUUAAGUGAUGCUCUUUUAGCGGAGGAAUUAAGGAAGGUCUUGCUGGGAUUGAGUCUCGGCGGUUCUAAUGGACAGGCAAUUUCGCCGGAAUGUCUAUUUCUUGUUAUUUGGAAAGUGGUGCCACGUUUUAGGGGCUACCAACAACAAGACGCACACGAAUUUCUCACUUAUAUGCUUGACAGGUUACACACUGAGUUAUUGCAAUUGCUCCCUAGGCUUGGACAUGAACCUCUUGGUCUACGUGGAAAACAGAGUAUUGUUACUGCUGUUUUCGGUGGCACUUUACUCAGUGUGGUUCACUGUAUGAACUGCCGUACGGACUCGAAAACACACGAGCCCUUCCAGGAUCUCUCUCUGGACAUUCCAGACAGGCUUCAAAGACGAACAAAGGACCAGGAGGAGGUAUGCAGUCUGACUUACAGUCUCUCAAGAUUCUUCAAAGUGGAAGAGCUUGCGGACAGUGAACUUUAUUUUUGUGACAACUGUAUGGGAAAGCAGAGGUCCACUAAAAGGUUCUGGAUUCACAGGCUACCUAACGUGUUGUGCCUUCACAUUAAGAGAUUUAGGUGGUGCAAUUCGUAUCGCUCAAAGGUGGACACGCAGGUGGAUUUUCCCAUGGAAUCACUUGAUAUGUCGACAUUUACCGUGAGAGGCGUGACAGGGGCGAAACUCAGUGCUCAGAAUAAUCUUUAUGAUCUCGCUGCUGUCAUUGUCCAUCACGGAUCAGGAGCCGGAACUGGACACUACACUGCCUUUGCUGUACAUGACGGUCAAUGGUUCCAUUUUAAUGAUAGUUCAGUGAGACCAGCGAGUACUGAUGCAGUCGCCAAAUGCAAGCCUUACAUUCUGUUCUAUGUGCGAAAGGAGUUCUCAAUUCCACCUCCAUUGUGACGACGUUUUUUAGAGACGACACGUUCGGCCACCGUUAAUCACCGUAAAUCGCCUUCGAAUAAUAAAACGAAGCUGAUCACGGGAGGAAAAUGUGGACGUUCACUAUCACGAAGCUAAAUUUUUGGGCGACUUUUAACGCUAAAAAGAAAAUAAAAAAAAAACAGUCGAAUCGACGCGUGUAAAACAAUUGAAAUCACCAUUUAAAAAAAUGAAAACAUAGAAUCGUCUCAUAAUCGUAGCCUUUCCGCUUGCGUUACACUACCAAAAGAAAAAAACCUAAUUAAUUAAGAAAAUAAUCCCUUCAUUCUGUGGACAUUGCAAAUUUUUCCCGAAUUCUAAUCGAAAUCUUUUCAUCACUGUCAUUUUUCACACACACACACGGGUGUCGCCCCGUUCCGUCCUGUUGUUCGUCGAACGUAUUUUAAUUUUGAAAAAAAAAUUCUUUUCAGUUUCGAUUAUAUUAGUUUGUAUUCGCCACAACUUUUUUUUCUAUAUAAAGGAUGUAAAUAUUUUUUUUUAACACAGCGGACGAUAAAAUAGAGGAUUUCUUUCUCUCUCGCUCAUUUAUUAUUUUUUUUCUUUUAACUCUGUUCUCGUUAGGCAGGCGAGUAAAUUCUAUAUUUUUCUAGCUGCCGACGCGUUAUAGCGAAAAGAGUUGCCAAUCGUUGACGAAUGACGGUAAUUCAAUUGUGAUACUUGAAAAACGAAGGCAUUAAGGUAUUUAACGUACGGUCUGCGCGUUAUUAGAAGGCCGAACGAAAAAAAAAUGUAUUGUAGAAGAAGAAGAAGAAGAUGAUGAUGAUGAAAAUGACGAUGGUGACGAUGAUAAUGAAGUUAAGAUAAAUAAUUACGAUGAGAAUGAUGAUUUUGAUAAGGAUUAUUGGAAUAAGAAUGAUAAAAAAAAAGAUGAUAAUGAUGGUGAUUAAAAAAAGCGAGCGUGUUUCAAUGUGAUUAAUUUAUAGUCGUAUUGAUGAAAUGGAAUUCACUUCUGGCAUCGGCAGAUAGUAAAGAACGAAUUGCCUUUAGUGUUGGGAUUUUAACUCCUUCGCGAUCGUCCGCGAGCGCCUCGAUCGAUUCGAUUCGGAGUCUCAUUAAUUUUCCCUCGUCAAUAAGUUGGAUAUAAACCAUUUUUUUUAAAUUGUACAAUUUUUUUUUCUCUUUGCCCACUCGACUUUACAUUUUAUUUGUACCAAGUUUGACGUCGAUAUUUGUAAGUCUCCCGCACUCUCAUUUUUAUAUACGUUUUACAAUUAUUAUUACUAUUAUUACUAUUACUAUUAUUAUUAUUAUCAUUCUUAUUAUUAUUACUAUUAUUAUUAAUAUUAUUAUUAAUAUUAAUAUUAUUAUUAUUAUUAUUAUUUUAUUAUUACCAAUAUCGCUACUAUUAUUAUUAUAAUUAUAAUUAUCACUACUAUUAAAUAAUAAUAAUAGGAUUAUCCGGAUAUCAAAAUAAAUGAGAAGAUUCAAACACUUUUCCAUUAAAAUUAUAAAAAUUUGUAUUAAUUAUAAUAUAAAUAUUUUUAAUUAUUAAUAUUAUAAUUAUUAAUAUUUAUAAUUAUAAAAAAUUUUUUAUGCAAAUUCUUUUUUUCCAAAUAGAAAAAUGUAUCAAAUUUUCACAAAAUUAAUAGAAUUCUGAUUUUAUAUUAACUAAAAAAAAAUGCAGAAAUUUUUGAAAAUUCUAUUUACGUACCUAAAAAUUAUAAAUUAGUUAUGUUAUCAUUUUGCAAACAGUUUCGUAGAUUAUUUCAAUUUUUCUCUUCUUGAAAAGAGUUUUAUUUCUAUUGAUCAAAAUGCGAGAAAGUGAGAACUUCUCAUUUAUCAUAUUAGAUACGUGUAUUUUUUUUUUUUUAAUUCUUUUUUCCUAGUUUAUUAUCCAUCUUUUGCUGAGGGUCUUAAAUGAACUCCUCGAUUUUUCCAUGCGACAAAGAAAACUAAAUAAAGAAAGAAAUCAAGACUCCUGAAUCGUUCGACGAUUGUUAUGUGAUUAUUUAAAGACUUAUUUUUUCUAUAACGAUAAAAAAAAAGAAAGAAAAGAAAAGAAACAAAACGAGAAUUAUAACAAUAAUAAAAAAUAAGUUAAUUCUUAUAAUAGCGAAGGAACGUUUUAUUACGGCGAUAACUCGACAAUUCAUCGCAUCUCUUAUUAAUAUUUGAAGACUUAUAUUAUUAAUUAAUUAAUUGCUCGCACGAAACUCGACGCGAACGAACAAAUGAAAAAAAAAAAAAAUAAAAAAAAUGUGGGGGGGGGAAAGUAAGCGAUAAAAUAAAUAGUAAUUGGUAUGUCACAGUAGAACGAAACCACUGAGAUGUACGAACAGCGAAUUAAAUAAAAAAGAAUGAAAGAAACAAAAAAAAAAA